UAAUUUUUGUUUAGAUUGCUUUGAACAAAGCUUUUCCAAGUUCAAAUCCAACACUGUCCUUUCUUUGGAAUCAGCAGAGUUAAGUUUCGAUUCUGGAAAAUAGAGAAACGUUCAGUCGAGUCUGCAUGAUGAGCAAGACGUAGCGGGAUCUCUUUCACUUCGCAGUGAGGCGGACGUGCAUAUAAAAAAGUGCGUAAAGAGGAGCUGCGCCACAGAUAAGAACGGUGAGAGGAAAGAAGAGUUCAUAUCUACAGAAGACUGAAAGAUCGUCAUGAGCAGUUCUUCUCAGACUCUGUCCAAACUGGAGGCCCUGGAGUGUCACUUCACCUGGGUCAAGGAAACCACCAGAUCACAUCUGUUACACAAGAGGGUCCAGCUUGAGGACAUUGGGACAGAUGAGGGAAAUUUUUGGUUGGGUUCCAUUUACAACUUGUGGGGGUUUGUCCUCUAUGAGCUGGGCUCUAGCAAAGAAGCCCAUAAGUACUUCAGAAAGGCCACAGAAACCUUACAGCGGCUGAGGAAGGAAGAUGAGGGUCCCUGGCUGAUGGUGAACUAUGGAAAUCUAGCCUGGCUGCACCAUCAUCUUGGAGAAGAGGCAAAGAGUCAAGAUUACUUGUCAAAGGUUGAAGCUCUCAAAAGUAAAUUCCCAUCUCCGUCCCAGGAUGAGCUCCACCCAGAGAUCUACGCCGAGAAAGCCUGGACUCUGAUGAAGUUUGGUAAAAAAAACAAGCUGCUAGCUGCAGAUUACUUUCAGAGAUCCUUCAAGAUGCAGCCAGACAUGGUGCAGUGGCAGUCCAGCCGUGUGAUUGCACUGGCCAGUGCUGCUAAGCACUGGGACACAGACCUGAGUGAUGACGUCUUGCAGGAAAUUAGAACAGCCCGAGAGCAGGAUCCAGAGAAUCUGUACGUGGCUGCUGUGGAGCUUAAGGUAAGAGGCAGAAAAGGAGAAUCAGAUAAAGAUGAGGCAGAGACGCUGGGUCAGAAGAUCCUUCUGCAGCCUGUCAGCAGCUACAGUGGCCUGAAGCCCCUCCUGAGGCUGCACAGGGAGCUGGGCUCGCUGGAUAAGGCCAUCGUUCUGACUGAGGAGGCCUUGGAGCGGCAUCCUGAUGAGCGCUACCUGAAGAGAUGUGCUGCACUCUGCUACAAAUGGAAAGUCCUCAGGUUCACAGCUGAUCGAGCAGACCAACGUACGAUUGAGAGAGCCAUAAAGCUGAAUGAGGAGGUCGUUGAUCUCUAUCCAGACACGUCAUUUGUGAAGAAGAUGGACCUGGCAUAUGUUCAGGCAAAGUCGAGUCAUGGCCGCACAAUAGCAUACCAGAUGUUCCAAGACCUGCUCGCAAGGAGAGACCUGGAUUCCGGAGACAAACAGCUGCUAUACUACAACUACGCCAGAUACCUCAACUUUGAGCGUCAGGACAGGAACAAGUCUGUUCAGUACUACAUGAAGUCGGCAGAAAUUCCAAACAGGAGUUUCUAUGGGAAGCUAAGCGUCAAAAUGCUACAGAAAAUAUGUGAGAGAGGAAGGAGCAGGAUGUGCCCAGAAAUCAGGGAGUUUCUGGAAAACCUGCCAGAUGAUGAUUCUGAAUGACGUUUUACCAACAUAGGGUUCAUAUCUAAACCUGAGAUGCAAACGCAUGCUUUCAUUGAUUAUUGUAACACUCUGCUAGCUGGCUUUCCAAAAAAACAACAUUACGAACCUUCAGCUUCUCUUUUAUAUUUUUUUACUUUUAUUUUAAAUUUUUUUAUUUCCAGAGCUUUCUCAGUUGGAUCCUCCCCCUUUGGGUCGGCUGCUGUUCAUCAGCUGCAGCUCUAUAUGGGGACCUGCAUCUCCACCUUACUGUGGUGAUGCUGGUUCUCCGCCUGUGGUGCUGCAUCUGGCUGUCUAUCCAGCAUCACAGAAAGGGAGAUUCCAAAUAUUAACAUUUACACCAACAAAUGUUUUCCAUUCUCAGCCUCUUUCUCAAAUGUUUGUCUCCAUCAUUUAAGGGGGUGGGAGGCAUGAAUCGGAUUAGGGGUUCUGUGGGGGUCGGGGGCUUUAUUUUUAUUUUGUUGUGCUUGUUUAAUGUGUGUUCUGGUGUAAAGCACUUUGUGUUAUGUUCUAUAUGAAAGUGCUAUAUAAAGACUGGUUUGAAUGUUUAGUGUAUUGAUCCUGUAGAAUAAAACUUCAGCACUUCCUUAAUAAACAUUUUACCAAUAAAACUUUA